AUGACGAGUGAUGCUAAGAAGGAAAAGAGUAAAAAGGGUGCUGAUGGGGUUGCCCAGAUUCUGAGCGCGUCAGGGAUAUUCGCGGAAGCGCGGGUAGACUGCUUCUACACCACGAUGCGCAAACGGGCCACAUCCCUGAUGCGGACCAGCUUCAACAGCAUCCUGACCAUGAUUGCGGACGGGGUUGAUAGCCUGUAUAUAAAUAACUGGUGCAUGAUUCAUGUGCGCAGGAAUAGCAGCGGGCACACACAAGUGGCGAUAACGAGUGUCCACUGGGAGCAGCCGCGUCGAAGCUUCCUCGACAAUACUCGGCACAUUCCAGAAAGGUUGCAGCUGUCAUGUGCGCAAAUAAAGCAGUUCGUGGACGGACAUAACGUGCGCCGGCAAAGGGUGGCGCGCGGCGUCGUGCCGCGGCAGCCUACGGCCGCCAACAUGAUAUACAUGGUGUGGGACGAAGAACUGGCAGAAAAAGCAGCGAAAUGGGCUGAAAAUGGAAUAUUUGGCCAUAAUCCAGUUAAGACCGUUGGCUCACAAAGAUGGGGCCAGAUUGGUGAAAAUGUCUUUAUAUAUACGUUGCCGAGGCCGUUCAAUGUGCCAGUUAUUCCGAAUAUCGAGGAAGCCCUGGGCAGCUGGUUUAACGAGCACGCAAAUUACGGAUUUGAACCAUACAGCCUCGCUACGCCGCGACCUAUUGGCCACUACACACAGAUGGUGUGGGCCGAGUCCACCCAUGUCGGCUGUGGGAUCUCACAGAAGAAAGAAUACGGUUGGACCACUACGUUGAUAGUUUGUAAUUACGCACCCACGGGCAAUUUCCUUGGGCAAGUUCCUUACUACAGCAGCGGGGCCGCCGGCUACCUCCGCUGCGUGAACCGCACCUGCCACAGGCCCUAUGGAAAUUAUUGUUAGGAAAGGUAACACGGGAAAAUAAGUGAUAAUCAUCCGAUGUAUCAU